AUGUCUUCUGGAAAGUCCACACUCACUCCAUACGUGUCCUCCUACCUGAAUACUCAGAAUGAUGUCCCACCCACUUCGCAACAGAGCAACCGCCUAAGAUAUCCCGUCAUUCUUCCUAAAUCAGCACCAAGUGGCACGUACACACAGCAGCACAUUCAAAACACCGGACCAACUCCUACACCAGCUAUCGGAGUUCCUGGUAACAAAAAUCAGUAUUAUUCAGUCAAACCAGGCAGCUUUCCCGGCGAGAGCGUCAUGACGCCAACCAAUAAACUUGGCACAACGAAGACAUCACGAAAUCCUCAGCCUACCCAGAACGUACACGACAUCCGACCAGAAGUCCACCAUUUUUGUGCAUCAUCCGAAAUUUCAGAUACCAUGCUCCCCGCUACAAGAGAAAACCUAGACAUUACUCAAGCUCCAUAUGUCAAGGGAACUGUCUGGAACGAGCAACCAUUCUAUCUACUAUUGACCAAGACCAGUAUCCCAGCUGGGGGCAAGACACAAUACGAGGAGCCAGCACCCACUGGCUUCGGAGGGGUGAAUGAUUUCACUAGCUUUGUCUACGGACAAGCCGGGAUGACCAAGGACUUCUUACCUACCUACAUGUAUAUGCUGGAACCACCAGACGAGUUUAAAGCAUACUGCGAGUGGAGGAAGAAGAACACAAAAGCAAAAGUAGAUCACAUGGGAGUGACGAUGUAUGAGAGAUGGCCAGCGGAGGGGACAGCGGCGAGGCCGCUAUUAGACAUUGCAGGGCUACCCGACCAGGUCAAUAUCCCGCAAGUUUAG